UCGAUGGACGGGCGGGAGAAAGCUCAGAUGCUCUGAGAGGGUCUGGGUUUGUGUUUGUCGUUUUUUUCUCCCUAGCUCCUGGAAUAACCACCAGGGAUGUCCGGAAUUCAACCCGAGGAUGGUUCCCCUCCGUGCAGGAACUGGACGAGCGGGUCGGAACUAAACGAAACGCGGGAGGCUCUUUUAACCCCUUCCUCCGACUACGACGAUGAGGAGUUCCUGCGAUACCUCUGGAAGGAGUAUUUGCACCCCAAGGAAUACGAAUGGGCGCUGAUCGCUGGCUACAUCGUCGUCUUCAUAGUGGCUCUCGUCGGGAACGUCCUAGUUUGCAUUGCAGUGUGGAAGAACCAUCACAUGCGGACAGUUACCAACUAUUUCAUAGUGAAUCUUUCUCUGGCUGACAUUCUGGUCACAAUUACUUGUCUUCCAGCAACUUUAGUUGUGGACAUCACAGAAACGUGGUUCUUUGGGCAGACCCUCUGCAAAGUGAUUCCCUACUUACAGACAGUUUCAGUCUCUGUGUCUGUACUAACACUCAGCUGCAUUGCUUUGGAUCGAUGGUAUGCAAUUUGUCACCCUUUGAUGUUUAAAAGCACAGCCAAGCGAGCAAGGAACAGCAUUAUAAUUAUCUGGAUUGUGUCCUGCAUCAUAAUGAUUCCUCAGGCUAUUGUUAUGGAGUGCAGCAGUGUGUUCCCAGGAUUAGCCAAUAAAACCACCUUGUUCACAGUGUGUGAUGAGCACUGGGGAGCUGAGGUUUACCCCAAAAUGUAUCACACGUGCUUUUUUCUGGUGACAUACAUGGCACCAUUGUGUCUUAUGGUGUUGGCCUAUUUGCAGAUAUUUCGAAAGCUGUGGUGUCGCCAGAUCCCAGGAACUUCUUCUGUUGUUCAGAAAAAAUGGAAGCCUCUGCAGCCCUCAGCACAGCCUCGAGGGCUGGGACAAUCAACAAAGUCAAAGAUUAGUGCUGUGGCAGCUGAAAUAAAACAGAUUCAUGCAAGAAGGAAAACAGCACGUAUGCUAAUGGUUGUCCUCCUGGUUUUUGCGCUUUGUUAUCUACCAAUUAGCAUCCUCAAUGUCUUGAAAAGGGUUUUGGGGAUGUUUAAUCAUGCUGACGACAGAGAAACUGUGUAUGCCUGGUUCACAUUCUCACACUGGCUUGUAUAUGCAAACAGUGCAGCCAAUCCUAUUAUUUAUAACUUCCUCAGUGGGAAAUUUAGAGAAGAAUUUAAAGCAGCAUUUUCCUGUUGCAUCUUUGGCAGCCACCAUGACGAACGGUUCACCAGAGGUCAUGCCAGUACAGAGAGUCGGAAGUCCUUGACCACCCAGAUCAGCAAUUUUGAUAAUGUUUCAAAACUUGCAGAACACGUUGUAUUGACCAACAUAAAUACAAUCCCAUCAAAUGACAUCCCAGCUGUGCUCAACCCAUCAAAAUCAAUGGAACUGCAUCUCCACAUACCAGGAAUGAACAUGACUUCAAACAUAGAUGAAGCCAUGACAGUUUCUGCAGAAGACACUCUCAACACAGAGAAUGUAGAGUGGGAUAAAUUCAUCCCUAGCAUAACGAAACUUACCUCGAUGGAGUUACAGCAAGGAUGACUUUGGAUCAAUACACUACAACCACCAGAGAGUGGCACAUGCUUUUAGGUGUGAUACAGACUACAAUAACUGGACAAAGGGAUUCCUUCAAAAUAACUGCCUAUUCUAUUUUUUCUCAGUCUUAUAGAAACCUACUUACCUCAGUAUGAGCUAAAGAACACGUCUUUACAAGUCUUUUUAAAGAUUGUAUUGUAUCAUACUUUGUAAAUACUGUAGAUAUUUAUUUUUAUAUAUUUUAGAUGCUGUGGAACGUUCUAAAAUGUAUCAUAUAAAGAAAUCUAAAUAUUUGAAAAAAGUCUCAAACAUCAUUUAUUUAUAUCCUCUUUCUAUAAAUGAUUUCUAUAAGUUCUAUGUUCAUUAUGGAACUUUCACUUCAGAUUGAUUUUGCGAGAGUCCACGUUACUUUUCCAAGCACAGACAUGCUUCUGAAGUGUGAACCCAAAGUGCUGAAAGUCACAGAUGUUUUCAUAAAUUUACACUAAAAGCCUUUCUUUUUUUCUGCAGACUUGAGUGCCUAAAAAGUAACUAUCUAAAUAAAACUUAUGUGAUGCUCAAUGGUGCUAUAGGCUCAAAAUUCCUGCUCAGGCCAAUAGGAAUAAGAAGUGUCAGCACCCCUGAAGGACAGCACAUUUUAACUUUCGUAGCUCAUUUUAGUCCAUAAUACCUGCAAGUGUUGUUCCAGAAGAUCUCUGAAGAUCUUUAGAAAACAUUGGUUAUCUUUCUUGUUUUCUUGAUUUCUCUCUCAACUGCCAUUUGAUACUAAAAUUAAAAACAUACAAUCAAUUAACAAAUCUAUAUGCCAAGAAAAUGUUGACUUUUUCAACAAUUGAAAUAAAAUAUUUAUCUCUGGAAAUUAUAGAGGUGACAUCUCUUUGGACUGAUAGAUAAAGCGCUCACUCAUACAUUUUCCAAUUAUGGGAUAAUCUCCCUGGCCUGGGGCUUCCUACUAUGUAUUGCAAUUUUUCUUUUAAAGGAUGGUGCAUCACUGGAGACUUAGUCUACUAGAUGAAUGUGGCCUAUGGGUUAGAAUAAGGCUAAUCUGUCAGAUUUACCCUGUGGUACUACUCUUGCUUUUCAGUUCAGAUUUUUCAAAAGAAAGGGUAAGAUGGGAGGGAGGAAUUGCUUUUCCCAAAAAACCAUUUGACAUAGAAAAAAGUCUCACGUAUUCAAAUGUUUCUACAAAGGCAAUUAUUCACAGACUAGAUGUUAUUUGAAUAACUUAUGUAAAUAUUUUUUCUAGGUUUUGCUUUGAUCUAAUGUCAUGCAAUGUAUUAUCUAUCAUGGCAGCUAUAGUUUUAUGAAGUGCUUAAUCACUUUAUGUUUUAGCCUCCCCCAACAGCUGUUUUACUUGACAUUGUUGCAAAUGCUC